AGCCUCACGGCGCACCUCCGUCCUGCCACCGCGACCGACUUCUUUUUUCGCCUGACAAAUCAGGUUCGGCCUUGGGGAGCGCCAACGAGAAUGGCUUUUGGCAGAUUCUUCUCUUGAGGACCGAGCUCAUUCUUUGGUGCCCUUCCCCCCGUAAAAUCGCCACCACCCAGCAGUUGAAAGGUUGAAGAGUUGGCACAAUGGGUAUCAAAGGAAUAUACAAAGAAAUCGGCCCCGGCGAGCGCAUCUCCAUGACCAAGCUCGCCUUGACGACUCUCGAGAAAGCCGAAAACCCACGUCCGUUCCGACUCGCAAUCGAUAUUUCUAUAUGGCAGUUCCAGAACCAAGCUGCCCGCGGCGGCUCCAACCCCGCCAUUCGAACCCUAUUCUUCCGACUUGUUCGGCUCCUAUCUCUAGCAAUUCAACCACUCUUUGUGUUUGAUGGUCCGAACAAACCAGCGUUCAAGCGCAACAAACGCGCCGGCGGCCCCCGAGGCGCGGGACACAUGGUAGCCACCUCCAUGGCGAAAAGGAUGAUCAAACUCUUUGGGUUUGCCAUACACGAUGCGCCAGGCGAAGCCGAGGCUGAAUGCGCGUUCCUCCAGCGAAAGGGAGUGGUGGAUGCCGUGCUGAGCGAAGAUGUCGACACCAUCAUGUUUGGCUGCGGAAAGACACUUCGAAGUUGGACUGCGGAAGGGAAGGGGAACGUACCGACACACAUCACACUUUACGACGCGGAGGAAAUUGCCAAGGGCGAGAGUGGACUGGAUCGGGAGGGUAUGGUCCUGGUUGCGCUGAUGAGUGGCGGGGACUAUCUUCCUGAAGGUGUGCCAGGAUGCGGCAUAAAAGUCGCCUGUGAGGCAGCCAGAGCUGGAUUUGGCAAACAGUUAUGCGGCAUCAAGAAGGCAGACUGGAAGGAGGGGGUUCAAGCGUGGCGAGAAAGGUUACGCCAUGAAUGGGACACCAACGAGAGCGGAUAUUUUCGCACAAAACAUAAAGGACUGGCGAUUCCCGAGGACUUUCCGGAUUUGGAGAUUCUUAGGUAUUAUACCCAUCCGGUAGUCUCGACGCACGCCACGGUCGACAAACUGAAGACGAAUUUCCCUAAUAAGAUGACGUCUCCAGUUGAUGUUAUUGGUCUCAGGGAGUUUGUGGGUGAGACGUUCGACUGGCAGUAUCGAGGAGGGGCUGUGAAUCUGGUUCGCAAACUCGCACAUGGGCUGUUGGUCCAAUCUCUUCUGCAGCGAUCGUCAGAAGGCAAGGAUUAUGGCGAUGAUACUGAUCUUAUGGCGGAGGAGGAAGGCGCACUGAUCACGGGCAUCAAGUCCAGGCGUGCUCACCAUAGCACGGAUGAGACGCCAGAGGUGAGAGUCUGUUUUGUGCCAAAUGAUAUCGUCAAGCUCGAUCUUGCGAAUGAGCCAAUAGAAGAGGUUGAGGAGCACGGGCGAGGUGGGCUAGCGCUGAACAGCGAUGACGAGUUUGGCGAGGAAGAUGGGGAAGAGGAGGAAGGGCUUAAGAAGACGGCGAAAAAGCCAUACGACCCCGAAGGCCCAGAUUUGGCAUGGAUCCCCGAAACGCUAUUGAAACUCGGCGUCCCUUUGACUGUCGAGGACUGGGAGACGAAGAAGCGAAAGAAGACCACGAAGCCGGCCACGAAGAAGCCGGCUAAAGCAAAGGGUGGCAUGCAACCCGGGGCGCUCGAGAAGUUCUUCACCGUUAGCAAGCCAGUUACCGUUGCCGUUGAAAAGGCUGUGCCCGCUACUGAUGACCCCGUUCCCUCGACCCAAGCGGCGCCGCCUCAGUCAACGAUGCCACCAGUAGCAGCCCCAAAGCCCCUAGGCAGACAACCCAGAAAAGCACCCACCAAAAAACAACCAGCCAAGCCAGCAGCCGAGGUCAACCCCUGGACGUUGUCAGGUUCUCAAGCCAGCCCUACGAUCACCAGAACUUUAAGCUCCUCACAAUCAAGGCCCCAACCAUCGUCGUCUUCCAAUUACGAACCAAUUAUCAUUUCAUCUUCACCUGUGGCGCUCUCGUCCCCUCGUACUUCACCAAUCCAAAAAACACCCAUCCGGCCAAAGCGACAAUCUCCAGACCUGUCCCGGUCCCCUAUUCGACCUCAAAUGUCAGACGUUGUCGCAACACCACCAACCAUCAGCGCAACAAGGCCAUUUAAGAGAACAAAAAGCGGCACAGGGGGAGCUAUACCGAUUAAAGUCUCCUCGACACAGAACCAACCCAAGUCCAAACAGCAAGCGCCGCCAGCCCAAAAGUCCAUCAAAAGCUUUGGGAGAACCACCAAAAACACCACCGCUGCUGUCACAAACAGCAAACCAGCCUAUUCAAUUCCUAUUGAAUUUUUAUCAUCGGAUGAGGAUAGCCACGAUGACGACGACUCUGACGAUGAUGAGCUCCCGUCACUCUCCAAACUCAACGUACCCAAGUCAUCGCUACCAGCACCACCGCAGUCGCCGUCGGGAGGGAAGGCUGGGUUGAGACAAUCUACCGCUCCACCGAGGAUACCGUCUCAUACCAGGGAUGCGUACGAUGAUGUUUUGAUGUCUUCUCUGAAACCGCGCUCCAGGCCGCCGGCGCUGUCGAGGACGGCGUCGCUUCCUGCUCCGUCGCUUGUGGUGGCGAGUACUACUACUGUGAAGACGGGGAACUUUCUCGGGAGGGGUAGUUACAGUCGUGGUGGUAAGCGAACGACUUGUAGCUUUGAUGCUGAUAACUUGUUUGGGGAGAGUGAUGAUGAGGGGAUUGGGGGGGUUAGGGUUAGGGGGAGGAUAGUGGAGGAGGUGGAGGAGGAGGAGGUUGAGUGUGUUGAUUUGACGGGGGAUGAUUAG